AUGAUUUCUACUAGUGAAAAUGUCAAAGUAGAAAAAUAUGAAAUCGAGAAGUUUAAUGGGAAAAAUUUGUUUAUAUCACAGAAAUUGCACAAGGCACUGGCGAAAAAAGAGAAAAAGCCAGAGGAUAUGAAGGAUGAGGAUUGGGAAGAAUUAGAUCUUGAAGUUCGGGCUGCAACAAUCUUAUGCCUUGAGAGGGAUGUGGCUUUCUUGGUGAAUGAAGAAGCAACUGCAGCAGACGAUAUAGAUGUGAAGAUUGAUGAUGAGGAUCAGGCACUCAUAUUAUUACUUUCAUUACCGAAGUCCUAUGAAAAUCUGGUGCAGACUUUGAUGCUGGUGGGUGACACUCUGACCAUGGAUGAGACGAGGACAUCACUUUUAGUGGAUGAUAUACGUAAAUUUGCUACAAGUGUAAUGUCAUCUUCAAAUGGAAGAGAGCGUAAGAAGGGGGUUGGGGUAGAGAGGUGGCUGGGGGUGGUGGAAGUGGCGUUCGGCGCGGCGGCUGGCGGUGGGGUUGGAGGGGAGAAGAGGGGUGGUGUUGCUAGUGGAAGGGGGGUUGUGGUUGGGACGGUUGGCGGCGGUGGGUGGUGGCGCGGAGGAGCAGUGGCGGAGGAGGGGGGAAAGGGAAGAAAGAAGAAAGAAGAGAAGAAUGGGGGAGGGGGUGGUGCGGCGGUGGGGUCUGGGUGGUUGACGGGGGACGGCGGUGGUCGGAGAUGGUGGUUGGGUGGUUGUUGUGAUCGGAGAAGAAGAGAGGGAGGAGAGGGUUUCAGGGGGGCUGCGCGAAUGUAG